UCAGGUAGGGUUGCCACCCAUCGAUAACAGGGGAGACAGUAGUGUUGGUCACUGAAAUGGCAAUUCUGUUAAGAACUCGUCUCCAGAAACUUCCCCAGGGCACUUUUUUUCUGAGCCAAAAGGACAAGUCAUUACGACUGAGGACUACGACCAGUGUAUCGCUCUAUAAUCGGCAAAUUGUAUUUAUUCGUUACUUAAAUAACCAAGACUGCGCCAAGUCAUAAUGAAGCACAUAAUGGAAACGAAUCUACAAGCAUCCAUUUGGAUGAACAAGAGUUCUCCCGAGCCAAGUUUUGCCACGUCCAAUGGGGUGAAAAAUAAGACUGCGUCCUUUUCGCGAUUCAUCCACACCGAUCGUGUCGCAGAGGGCCCGACCAAUGCGGUUCAAAAGAAGACAGUGUUCUUUUCGCGAUUCGAGCGCACCAAUCGUGCCGCAGAGGACCUGACCCGUCCAUUGGCCAGCAUGAAACCAAAACGGGCUGUGGCUUCCACCUCGAAUGAGCCGUUCUUUGCCAGCAACCUGAAGUACUAUCCCCAUCUGCCCCAGCCAGCUUUCGUGGCCCACUACCAGACCUAUGCCGAAAUCAAAGGCCUCUGUUUGGAAGGUAAUUUUUCCCAAGCUUGUAACACCACACCGUCGCCGGCGCAGCCGCGUCGUCGUAAUUCUAUCACCAACGAGUUCCCGGAUGAUCCACCUAAGCGAGCUCCCAACCGCCGCCACUCGCUUGUCCGCCGCAACUCGUUUAAGCCCCCAAUUGAGGCCAAUUUUGCUAUGCCCGUGCUGAUGGAGGAGAAUGAAGUGCAGGAUCUAAAUGAGACCAGUGGCUCCACCAAGCCAGCUACAUCGACAUCGAAAGGCGCAAUCCCGAAGAAGCCCAAGAAGUUCCCCUUAACCUUCUAGAAAUGCAAGGACUAAUAAAUCUAGUUAGCUGGGCGCUACGAC